AUGAAACUAAAGAAUCUCUUGCCAGUCUUUUGGUUUUUCCUUGUAGUCUUUCCUGUUGUGUCUCCACAAAGAUGUGGGGAAACUGGGAAUUUUAUACCACAUGAUAAGUAUGAUACAAACCGUCACACUCUCCUCUCUUCUCUCGCUUCUAAAGCCUCAGCUCGAGGCGGCUUCUACAAUGCUUCCUUUGGACAAGGAUCCGAUAAGGUGUAUGCUGUUGGGUUGUGCAUCCCAGGUGUUGAGCCAAAGGUUUGCUCAACCUGUCUCGAACGUGGUUAUAUUAGGUUGACAGAAGUAUGUCUUAACCAGACAGAAGGCCUUGUCUGGGAGUCGAGAGGAAUCGUUUGUUUGAUACGCUACUCCAACCGUUUGUUUUUCGGGUUGCUCGAGCUGAAACCAAGUUAUGAAGUGCACAAUAGUGCAGACAUCAGAUACGAUUUUCCCAAGUUUGAUAGUUUGUGGAAAAACUUAACAAGUCGUUUGAUAGAUAGAGCUACUUCAUCGUCAUCUGAACUUAAGUAUUACGCAGCUGAAGCAGUACCUUGGACAACUUUACAGAAUAUAUAUGCAUUAAUGCAAUGCAACCCGCUCAUAUCUUUGGGGGAAUGCAACAUCUGUUUAAGACAAUGUGUUAGUGACUAUGUAUCAUGUUGCCAUGGGAAGCAAGGUGGCAUCGUUUAUCGUCCCAGCUGCGCUUUCAGGUCGGAGAUUUAUCCCUUCUUUCAAGCUUUUAACCUUACUUUGGCGCAACCACCAACAUCUCUCUCACCUUCGGUAGGUCAGAGGACUAAUACGACCAAGAGAGGUGGCGAGUCAAUCUCAGCCGGAAUUAUCAUGGCAAUUAUUGUUCCAGCCAUAGUUAUCUUCUUGGUACUACUUUCUCUAGCCAUUUUUAUUUGCAGGAGGAUGAAGUUGAAAGCUUUUAAUCGCCAAGGAUCUAAUAUUGAUAUAACUUCAGCAAAUCCACAGCAAUUUGACUUUAAAACGAUUGAAGCUGCAACAGAUCAAUUUUCAGAGAGAAAUGUAAUUGGUAAAGGUGGAUUUGGAGAAGUUUACAAGGCUGCUCUUAAUGGGACAGAAGUUGCGAUUAAGAGGCUGUCAAAAGCAUCAGGACAAGGUGCAAGAGAGUUCAAGAAUGAGGCUGUUCUUGUGGCAAAGCUUCAGCAUAGAAACCUAGUUAAACUUCUUGGAUUUUGUGUGGAUGGGGCAGAAAAGAUACUUGUCUAUGAGUUUGUGCCGAACAAAAGCCUUGAUUUCUUCCUCUUCGACCCUUCAAAACAUGGCCAGUUGGAUUGGACAACACGGUACAUGAUCAUCGAGGGUAUUUCUCGAGGAGUUCUAUAUCUUCAUCAAGACUCACGGCUCACAAUCAUACACCGUGACCUCAAAUCAAGUAACAUUCUAUUAGAUGCCGAUAUGAACCCAAAGGUUGCAGAUUUUGGAAUGGCAAGGAUAAUGGGGAUUGACCAAACUCAAUCUGAUACGAGCAUGAUCGUUGGAACCUAUGGUUACAUGGCUCCUGAGUAUGCAAUGCAUGGCCACUUCUCAACGAAAUCAGAUGUUUAUAGCUUUGGAGUCAUUGUUCUUGAAAUUAUAAGUGGUCGAAAGAAUAGCAGCUUUUUUCAGCCGGAUGGUAAUGUUAGCAGCUUGGUCGCAUAUGCCUGGGAGCUCUGGAGAAAGGGGUCACCAUUAGAAAUCGUUGAUCCAUUCAUCAUGGAGAGCUAUCAGCGUAACGAAGUUAUAAGAUGCAUUCAUAUUGCACUGUUAUGUGUUCAGAAAGACCAUGCCAAUCGCCCGGGAAUGAGCACAGUUAUCUUGAUGCUCACCAGUAACACAAUCACUCUACCUGUCCCUGGAGAACCUGGAUUUGUUUACAAAAGCGGAAACCAUGCAGACAGUUCUUUCCUUUGGUCGGUUGAUGAUGCGUCGAUGACUCAUUUAGAACCUCGUUGAUCCAACCAUUAUAUCCAAGUUGGAUUAUCCAACUAAUACAUAUGUCCCAAGUCGAAGGUAUAUGUGAUUAUAAUCCAACAUGUUGAUUAUGUUUGUCAUGUCCUUAAGCACAUUGUCCGUAGUUUCUAUUAUUAUAUGUGUAGAUCUUUUGUUCCAGCAUUAUGGUCAUUUCAAAAUUUGUAAUAUUGAACCAAAGUAGUUAUGAUUAUAAGGA